AACGUUUUCCCGGAUGCUGAGGCAUGCGCCCUAAAAACUCUGGAAUUGAUGUAUUGCAGAGCGCAGAUCUGCAUUUAUUACCUGCUGUGGACAGCGACGCUGAGCCUAAAACUUACCUUGGAACAGGAGACCACUACAGUGGAAAGUUGGGACUGCCCUGCAGAAUGCAUUUGCCUUUCCCCGAAACAGGUUCUCUGCAAUACAGGUGGGCUAAAAGACAUUCCCACCCAACAGUUGCCUCAAACAGUGGAGGAACUGUCCCUGACGAAGAACAACUUCCCAAUAAUAAAAGGCGACGCAUUCGCCGGUCUGAGAGUCCUCAGGAAGUUAAUGAUGGAUGGUAAUAACAUCUCCACAAUACGUCCAUUUGCGUUUCGAGGGCUAAGUAGGCUACGUGAGCUCUCCAUACAGCACACUCCUCUACCUUUCAUCGAGAAGUUCUCAUUCGCCGCCCUGCAAAAUGUGUCAGUGUUACUGCUGGCCAACAACAAGAUCCGUUAUAUAGAAGGGUAUUCUUUUGCUGGUACGUCGAACAUUCGUGUGAUCCUCUUGAGCAAUAAUCCUCUGCUCAGGAUCCAGACUCACGCAUUUUCUGGUCUGACCAACGUUGUACAUCUAAUCUUCCCCUAUGGCAUCAGAACCAUAGAACCAGAUGCUUUUGAUGGCCUACAGCAUGUUGGUUUGUUGAAAUUGACCUACAUGGACCUGUCUUCCCUCCAGUCAUACACCUUCCGUGGCCUGUCCUAUGUGCAUUCGUUAAACAUACAAGAGAGUGACCUGGGCAUUCUUGAAAGAGCUGCCUUUGCUGGGCUCAGUCAUGUGGAGAGAUUAAAUAUACUUAACAACAAGAUCGAUCUGAUUGAGAAGCUGUUUCUGAGGUAUGAAAAUAACAUAGAGAUGCUGAGAUUUCAUGGAAACCAUGUGCUAGAGGCACCUAGACAUGCCAGAGAUAUUAAUCUUGAAGUGAACUCCAUCAGUGCCAUUGAUAACCACUUUCCAUGCGACUGCCAGGCCCACAAUGUGUUGGAAAGCGAUUUUGUGAAUGGUACUAUCAGCGACUUUCAGAAGAGGAAUUUCUGUAUCUCUCCUAUUGAGUACAAUGGCAAACUGAUGAAUCUUGUGGAUUUCGAUUUGGUAGCCAGGUGUCAUGACAAUGUUGUACAGGACAACUUGGGCUCUGGUGUAAUUGGAGUCUUCACACUACCUACAACCCUGUUCCUUAUUCUUCUGUUCCCCAUGAAUUUCUUUCAAUGA